CAACUUUCCAGUAGAUCUGUCGCCAAGCGAGCUUGCCUUUUUAAACCGCCAGUUCAGCAGCAUUUGUGCAGUUCAUGAUCACAAGCUCAUCGCAUUCCGACGUUGACAGCUGCCGCUGCAAUAUCGCGCCGAGGCAACGGACAUGGAAGCCCUGCUGAAAAAAGAGCUGGGGACAUCAAAGCUGAAAGCCACCGGCCACGCAGGCGGGGGGUGUAUCAGCGAGGGGCAGAGCUACGACACGGACAGCGGGCGUGUGUUUGUGAAAAUAAACCACAAGAGCCAGGCCCGGCUGAUGUUUGAUGGGGAGGCGGCCAGCUUGGAGGCCAUCUUGAAGACGGGCACUGUGAAGGUGCCAAGGCCAGUGAAGGUGAUUGAUCUUGAGACAGGGGGCGCUGUGUUCGUCAUGGAGCACGUGGACAUGAGGAGCCUGAGCAAGUAUGCUGCUCAGCUGGGGGACCAGUUGGCUGACCUCCACCUCCACAAUCAGAGACAGAAAGAGAGGCAGGACAGGGAGCAGAAAACAGUCGGGAAAGGAGCAGGACAGUUUGACACGCCUGCCAUUGAAAAGUUUGGGUUCCACACCGUCACCUGCUGUGGGUACCUGCCCCAGGUGAAUGACUGGCAGAGCGACUGGGUGACGUUCUUCUCCCAGCAGAGGCUGCAGCACCAGCUGGGGUUAGUGGAGCAAUCGUACGGAGACAGGGAGGUGGGGCAGCUCUGGGCCCAGCUCCAGCUGAAGAUCCCUCAGCUGUUUGAGGAGGUGCAGGUGUUCCCGGCCCUGCUGCAUGGAGACCUGUGGGGGGGCAAUGUCGCCGAGUGCUCGGACGGCCCCGUCAUCUUCGACCCUGCCUCCUUUUACGGCCACGCGGAGUUCGAGCUGGGGAUCGCUGGGAUGUUCGGCGGAUUCGGCAGCUCCUUCUACUCCUCCUACCACAAAAAGAUGCCCAAGGCGCCAGGGUUCGAGAAAAGGAAGCAACUCUACCAGCUCUUCCACUACUUGAACCAUUGGAACCACUUCGGCAGCAGCUACAGGGGCUCCUCGCUGCGUAUCAUGAAGGACCUCAUCAAGUAGACCGCGUCUCUGCCUGAAGGACCCCACACAGCUGCCCAUCUCUCUGCAUGAAGCACAGGAGGGACAGAUAAAUUGGAUUUGCGCGUUGUUGCACUUUUUUCCAUCAUACAUUGCUUAAAAAAAGAAAAACAUGACUGACAGGCCCUGUUCCAGCACUAAUUUCUCAUGAGAAAACAUAAUAAUAUAAAUAAAAUAUUCCAGAGAUGAAUCCUAGGUGGGAAACAGAGAUAGUGCAUGGUGCAGGCAUUUUAGUUAUUAAUAUCAUACAUUUUAGACAUUACUUGCUAACAUUGUUGGAUUUGGGUUGAUGCCGUUUCUGUAAUUUGCUGGAUGGGUUAAGGGUUUAAGGACUCCAGCUUGCCACCUGCAUCCACAAAUCCACUACCCUAACCAGUGCUCCACACUGAUGGCAAAUCCUCUCUGGCUUCACCAGGUUAUUUUAUCAAAAGGGGAGCUUAGUUUAGUUGAGCUUAGCUUAUCUUAGCUUAGCUGCCAUUGUUUUUGUGUUCUGUUCCAUUAUGUGGGGUGAAGCACGUGUUGCUACAUCAGUGCUGUAGUACAGUAUAGGUGGUACAGUGAGACCUGCCACUCACUCCCGGGCUGAAGAAAUGGCCCAGUUCAAGUGCAGAGUGAUGUAAGAAGUAGAGAGAAAACAAGAAAUCUUCUCCAGCCACAGUCUUUGGCAAAACUUGGUCAGUGUGGAUGGGGAUGGAUUAUUUUUAUGGAAGUAUAAAGCCUUGCAUGAAUAGAUUAUCAUAAGGUAACAUUCCAUUUUUUUCCACCACGUUUUAACAAUGGAUUCUAAAUAAGGAAAUCGGUUCUAAUUCUGGAACUAGCUUGGCACAUGCUCAGUGUAAUUCCUAAAACCACACUGAGUAAGCUUGCAAAAUUUGGAAAGGUCUUAGAGGUUUUCCAAGAGUCUUAAAUUUUAUUAAAUACAUUAGUUGAUUAUAUUAAUUUCACUUUAAAAAUUGCUGUGCAAUAGACCUACCUUGAUGUAUUUUGGGGGAGGAGGGGGGGGUGUGUUUAAAAGCUGAAUGAUUUUGAAUAGGCAAGUUUUUGGUGUGGUUUUCCUUGCUAUGAGGGUGAAGAAACAAAAUAAUAUCUAACAUGUUCCACAUGCUAACAUGCAGAACAUGCUUUUGGGUGUAGAAAUAUUAAUGUAACCAAUAACAUUAAUGUGAAA